GUGUCGUUUCCUGCAGUCAGAUUUCACAUAAAGAUCUCCACGUUUCAACAGGAAUAAUUGAAUAGAAUAGACCACCCAUAUGGUAGAAUCCUGCCACACAAGUUGAACCCCUCACCGCUAAAAUUAGACUGAUUCUCUUUUUCCUCUACACUACGACCACCUGCUUCUUAUUCAGCCUCACUUUAAUAAGCAUCAUCAAUCAUUCACAAUGGGAAGCAUACAAGUACCCGAGGGCACCUUUACCGCCCCGCCGCAGCAGGUUUCCCUCGACGGCUUUCUCUUCGACAUGGACGGCACCAUCAUAGACUCGACUAGGGCCAUUGAGAUGCACUGGGCAUCGGUUGGCAAAGAGAUCGGAGUGGACCCGGAGCUCAUCUUGAAGACCUCACACGGGCGUCGUAGCAUCGACACGCUCAAGAUAUAUUGCCCAGAAAAGGCAACCAUUGAGUACGCCUCGGAGAUGGAGGGCCGCCUACCCAAGCUCUACAGCAAAGAGGCAGAGGAGAUCCCCGGCGCCCGCUCGCUCCUCGACUCCAUAAUCGCCGCCAAGGCCGCCCCCUGGGCCAUCGUGACGUCGGGAACAAAGCCGCUGGUCAACGGCUGGCUCGAGGCUCUGAACCUGCCGCGGCCCGCGCACAUGAUCACGGCCGAGUCGGUCGAGAACGGCAAGCCCGAUCCCACCUGCUACCUCAUGGGCCUCGACGGGCUCGGCCUCCGCGAUCGCGCCGCUGACGUCCUCGUGCUCGAGGACAGCCCCGCCGGGAUCCUGGCCGGCAAGGCGGCCGGGUGCAAAGUGCUCGGGCUGGUCACCAGCCACACCGUCGAGCAGGUGGUGGGCGCCGGCCCGGACUGGGUGGUCAGGGAUUUGUCGUCUGUGAGGCUCGUCGGCGCUGAGGGUGGAAGGGUUACUUUGGAGAUUGUGGAUGCAUUGGAGUCCAAGUAGGGUAGCUGGAGAAUGGCUCGGCUCAAGCUCACCUAGUCCUCUGUCUUAGUCUUUUGAAAUUUCAUGACGAAACGGAUAGAUGGAGCUUUUGGUGUGUCAUUGGAGCAAAUCCAUGAUAUUCUUGAGGCUUUAUGACUUGAGACCAAGGCCUCUACCUUGGAUCAUUGAAGGGUAUCCGAAUAAUAAAGUACGAUCAAAGACAA